AUGGAAAAUGGAAAAAAUGGAUUAUCUUUUGGAACAUGGAACAUUCGCACACUUUUUAAACCUGGAGCAGUACAAUGCUUAGUUGAGGAGAUAGAAAGAUAUAAACUAGGAGUGGUAGGCCUACAAGAAAUAAGGUGGGAUGUACCUCCAGUAAGAGAAUUCAAAAGCAUUAAUCCAAGAAUAUCAGUGUUAACAAUAGAAGCACAAUAUUUCAACAUCUCAUUCGUGAAUGGGCAUGCACCCACGGAAGAAAAACCGCAAGAGGAGAAGGACGAGUUCUAUGGUAACCUGGAGCACACACUAAACGAAAUUCCACGAAAUAGAAUUAGAAUAGUUGUACGUGCGAGUGCGGAAAGCAAUAUGCCGCUUACCUCGGCACCUAAAAUAGUUGAGUGGACUGCCGCUACAAUAGUUUUAGAGGACUUCAAUGCCAAGCUAGGAAAGGAGAACAUAUUUCGGUCAACGGUUGGUAUCCAUAGCCUUCACGAUGUAACUAGUGAGAAUGGAUUUAGGCUUAUAGAUUUUGCAAGUGGUGGAGGGCUUAUUGCACCAAAUGGUAGAUAUGUCAGUCAGAUAGACCAUGUUCUGAUAAAUACUAGGUUCAAAAAUUGUAUACAUGAUGUUAAAAGUGUAAGAGGUGCUGACUGUGAUUCAGACCAUUACCUAGUUAAAGGAAAGCUGAAAGUUAAACUCAAGAAACUAAUACAUAGUAAAGGAACAUUAGUGGAUAGAUUUGAUGUGAAUAAGUUAAAGAACACCGAUAUAUGUGAAUUUUUCAAGCAACAAUUACAUGAUACAAUAAACAGCUUAAGCUUAAAUAUAAAUCAAGAAGAGACAAUUGAUAUCAAAUGGAAAAUGUUAAAGGAUACUAUACAAACGGUUACAGACACGGUAAUAGGAAAACAAAAGAGAACAAGGAAACCGUGGUUCAACAACUCCUGUAAGGAAGCAUUUAAUAGAAGAAAAGAAGCCAGGACUCAAUUGGUCAACGAUCCCACUAAUAGAGAGAAAGCUAUGGUAUACAAAGAACGCCAAAAAGAAACAAAGAGCGUUUGGCAUAAAGAAAGACUUCCUAAGGACAGGGGCACCUCAUUAAUCUGUCCUAUUCAUAAAAAAAAUGAUCCACAAGAGUGUAGUGACGCUACAUUCUUGUGUAAUGUGUGUUGGGGUAUAGCAUUACUAGAUACAACGUGCAAAGUUUUAGCAUAUUGUAUACUGGAUAGAGUAAGACCUAUAGCAGAUAAUUUACUAGGUGACUACCAGGGAGGAUUUAGGCCCAAUAGAUCUACAACAGAUCAGAUUUUCGUUAUAAGACAGAUCCUCCAAAAAAGCUGGAAAUAUAACAAGGAUGUACACAUAUUGUUUGUGGAUUUUAAAAAAGCUUAUGAUUCUAUUCAUAGGGAAAGCCUAGUAAAUAUACUCAAAGAAUUCAGAUUUCCAAGUAAAAUCGUAAACAAGUCUUUACCAGUGCCAUAA